CCCGCCGUCCCUUUCGCCAGCGUUGUUCCGUAUUCGAAACUGCCAAACGCAAAAGACUAACCAGGAUUCGCCUUGCCUUCUUCUGCGUUGUCUUAUUAAAAAUACACUUUUAGACAUUAUUUUAUAAUGGCGGAUAAGAAGCCGUGUAAGGUGUGUAACUUUUCCCGACAAAAGUCAUACGGUUUGGUCGUCCCUUCACUCGAGGAACUGAAGACAAAAGGAAUUGAGUUUCUCGGAUUCACACCAAGCGAGCCGGUCACAGUGGUUUUAGAAGACGAUGGGACAAUCGUCGAGGACGAGGCCUACUUUUUGUGUUUACCCACCAACACAAAGUUCAUGCUGCUGCAUGAAAAGGAGACGUGGUCGCCCCUGCGCAGGCUGGAUGGCGGCACAGCGUGGAUGGCGAGGGAUUCAGUGAUUCUAGAGAGCGACACAGUGGAUGCCGCACUUGCGGCCGCUCCAUGGUGGGACCUCGCCAUGCAGCUCAAGAAGGACCUUGCCAGCGUCAUCCUCAUGUCAGAGGAGGACUUACAGAACUUGGUGGACGUUCCCUGCCCUGAGCUGGCUUCUGCUCUCGGCUUCCGAAAGCAGAAGACAGAGAACCUCCAGGAGACAUUGCAGAGGGUUUUGGACCGUCGCGAGGAGGAGAGGCAAUCCAAGGAGUUGCUUCAACUCUUCCUCAAAGCAGUGGACAAAGAAGAGGAAUCGCAAGAAGAUCCUAGGCGGCCCAGCGAGGGAGGAGCUGAAGGUGUGGAUGCCACUGAUGGGAUGGAGUUGGACCAAACACCUGAAUUCGUGCCCAGGACUUUAAUGGUGCUUAAAGGAAAAACCAGCCCAGAGACCCGACUCUGCACUGAAGAUCUUCAGAUGGUGGUGGCCAGAGGUGCUGGGGUCAUGCAGCAGGUGCUGGGUUGGGACAAAGCGAAGACGUUGACGCUGGUACAAGCCUGCGAAGGCGAGCUAAGUCGACGUCUUCAGCAGGUUCAGGCCGCGCAGUCCAUGAGGGGAAGCAUGCCGCAGGUGGACAGCGGGGAGCCGUCCAGCAAGAAGAAGGACAGAAAAGGAAGCAGCAACUAAGCCUGAGCACGGACUGAUAAGAACUCUCGCUGACAGCCUGAGGGCCACUGGAAUGGGUUGGCCCUGUGUUACUGAUCCUAUCUUCAAUGCUGGAUUAAGGUUGAUGUUUAUAUUGUGAAUAUUUUUGUCUCUCAACAGAAGUAGAGGGCUACGCACAAGUUUCUAUCAACCUAUCUGACAAUAAUCAUUUACACACAUGGUCCUUUUUCUGAUGAUCAAUGAAAGGAACAUCACACAUUUAUGAGGAACUAAAUGUAGUUCCUAAAUACUUAUACUCCUUUUAUGUGUAAGGGUCACUACAUUUUUUAAAAGGUACCUACAAGAUUAUUAUUAAUACUGUUGGAUUACAGGGGCACUGCUUUAGUGUGUAUUGCAUAUUGCCAUCAUUUAAGAGAGAAUAGCUAAAUAUACAGUACAGUCAAUUCAGUUAUUAAUUGUUAAAAAGUUAAAGUACCAAUGAUUGUCACACACACACUACGUGUGGCGAAAUUAUUCUCUGCAUUCGACCCAUCCCCUUGAUCUCCCCCUGGGAGGUGAGGGGAGCAGUGGGCAGCAGCGGUGCCGCGCCCGGGAAUCAUUUUUGGUGAUUUAACCCCCAAUUCCAACCCUUUAUGCUGAGUGCCAAGCAGGGAAGCAAUCGAUCCCAUUACCUCCAUGCUUGUUCAGUAGAAUAAAUCCUUUAUAUACUUUUGGGAAAAAAAUUAAAUGUGCUUUUUUUGCAUCUAGCUGGGAAAGGAGAAUUAUGUUUACAAAAAAAAGACUUUAAGGAAAACUAUUCAAAUUAUUUAAUGAAAAUAAAACUGAUAGCUACCCUUUGUGUGUCCGCACAAGUGAUUGAGGUUUAAAUUAAAUUGGCUUAAAUUAAUAAAUGCUAAUGUUGUCAUUAUUCAAAGUAAAAGUACUUACCUACAUAAUUUAAAUUAACAAACAAGAAUCAGGCUUUAGUUGGAAAUGCUGUCGACCAGUCCAGAGAGUACUCAAACCUUUCGCUGGAAGUCAGCCGGUAUAGGUUCCAGCUCGCAUGUGACUCAAAGUGGUCAACUCACUAAAUAAAUUAAAGACAUCUUGUUGACCUGAAUGUCUUACCCCCCUUUUCGACAUGGGAAUUAUUAUUUUUUUUUUUUUUUUUACCUGAAUGCAUGGUGUUUUGGAACAACACGAAUACAUGGGGAACAAGUUGUUCAAUAAUUGUUUUAGUGCAAAAUAAAAUAAAUACCUGUCUAUUGGCCAAUGUGAUGGUGAGACUGACAAAUCAUAAAUGUUUUCAGAAUAAAAAUUGUUGAAAAAAUG